UCAGAGCACCGUCCCGCUUAGCUAAAACAUGGACUACCAGCAAUCACGCCAACGGUUUCCGUAUUACAACAUUCAACAGCACGAGUAUCAUCCUGCCUAUUACAUGGGACAAACUAGACCGUUUUCACCCCACUGGAGAGGUAGAGGGCACUACCGUCCUCGUGGAUGGAGUCGAGGACGAGGUCAAUACUGGCACAAGGAUGGCAGAGGAAGGCAGGGAGGAAAUGAACGCAGACCAUACCAAGGUGGUGAUAACAUUGAACAAUACUACAAGCCUUCUAUGCUAGAAGACCCUUGGAAACAUUUGUCAACAGGUACGUGUGAAGAGAAAGAAGAGAUCAGAGAGUCACAUGCUGCUGGGAGAUCAGAACUACAACAACCGGAAUUACCUUCUGAUAGCUCACAGGUUGAGCAAACUCAGGAAACAUCUUUGCAAUAGCAAUAAUUGACUGAAACGUAUACUAAUAAAUACAUUUGCCUUGUGUGCAAGUGAAAUCUUCAAAACUAUAUAUAAAUUUAAAUUUCAGUUUGUAAAUAAAAUCAUUU